AUGGGCUUUGUUGCUUUCAACAAACUACCAGCCGAGAUUCGAUCUAUGGUCUGGGCAUACGCCCUACCAGAGCCUCGAGUAUACGAGAUUCUUGACACGCCAUUUUCAACGCUCAAGACCCCGGCCUCUACAGGGCUCAUGUUCUCCAGCAGCUCGCAUGAUGCUCCCCCUGUACUGGCAGCCGUAUGCAAAGAGUCCCGUGCCUUCGUGCUUCGUCGCUACAGGCCGCUAACACUCUCCGACACAAUCAAAUACAUCGACCCAAACCGAGACAUAAUUCUGCUUCAGCCCUACCUCCUGAUCAAACGGCUAUUGAGGACUCUGCACUCUCUCGCAGAGGUGGACUUCAUGAAGAGAGACCUGCGCCAAGUGGCAUUUGGGACAUCCUAUGGGUUCAGUACUGGUAUCUACCACCCCAUACUAAGCGGGAGAGUAUCGAAGAACAAUACGAAAACGCUUGUAAAAAAGCUCGCAAGGUUCUCCAAAUUAGGGAAAGUUUUAUUUGUUGUUCAUGAGGAAUUCAAGUGUGUCAACUCAAAACCCCACAGAGCGGAGUCGCAACUUGAGCUGCAGCUUUUAUCCAGCAGCUUCGUGAAGUCCCAAGAAGAUGACCAGCCACGGACUGCUUGGCGUUUUCAUCGGAACGAGAUACAAUAUUAUCCUCUUCACGUUGAGGAGUUGGAAGAGGACGAGCCUGACAUAGAAAAAUCCGUGUCAGAUGGUGAGGAUGACGACGUGGAGCUGAACCGUAAGCCGACGAACGAUGAUUGGAGACGAUUCAGAAGACGCUUCCUGAAAGCUGUAUAUUCAACGCUGAUGAAGGAGCUACGAGAAAAGCCAAGACAAGAGCACCUUCCUUUCCUGAUUGAAGGCGCAAGUCUCUCAUGGAGAUACGAAGCAUCAUAA